AUGGAGUCUCAUGAUCUUAGCUCAGAUAUCAUCUAUGAGAUUCUAACUCGUUCAUCCAUGGAAACCGUAGGAAGAUGCAGAGUUCUUUCCAAGGAAUGCAACAGGAUCACCUAUGACUCUAUUUUCACCAAUCUUCAUAGCGAAAGAACAAACACUGUAUCCGGUUAUUUCAUGCAAAGCAUGAUGAGCAACAGAUUUUAUUCCUCCUUUGUGUCCAUUGACGCUACUACUUCGAGGUCCUAUCCUAAACUGUCCCUCAAUUUCUUACCUGACAGAGUGGAGAUUCAGGGAUCAACAAACCAAGGUAUUUUGCUUUGUCGAACACAUCAUCCACGAUAUUAUGUGUGCAAGCCUACCACCAAACAAUGGCGAAGAAUCCCGAAUCCGAAGACCCGAUACCAUUCUUUAGCUACUGGCAUGAUUGUGAUAAGAUCGAACCCUUUGCAUUAUAAGAUAGUCAGGUUCUCACAACCCAAAGCUCGGUGUCAUGAUAAAGAAUUCUUUCAAUAUUAUUGGGUUAGAUGUGAGUUGUUUGAUUCAAAGACUUGGAAGUGGAAGCAAUUGGAUGAAGUAAAGUUGCAAAAUCACGAAUCACUUUCUCGCGAGCCUGCUGUAUCUGUAUCCGGCUCCCUUCACUGGCUUACAUGGGCAGAAAACAACAUAUUUGCUUUUCAUGUAAGCAAAGAAAGCUACAGCAUAUUUUCACUACCUCUAUCAGUUUCUGAGGAUAGCAAGGGCAAGGACAUUGAACUCGUCGAAUAUAUGGGAAAACUUGCCGUAACCUGCAUUGGUAAAGAUGAGAGUUCCAUGGAAUUAUGGGUCAUGGAGAAUUAUGGGAAAGCAGAAUGGAACAAGAGGUACAAAAUAAACAUUGAAGCUUUAAGAAGAAAGGAACCCGACACCAGGCCCGCUGCCUUCUACAAUGCUGAUAUUGUGCUAAUGAAAGAAUAUAAUCAUCGCGUGACGUUCCUCAACUUCAAGAAUGGAAGUAUUGAUAGGCUGUCUUUAGAGAACAACGUAAAUCGUGGAUGUUUCCGAUUUCAAUCGGAUUUUGAGCCGAGUGAUUUGACGGGUGGAUUUGCAUUGAAACAUCCGCAGGUACUCAUCCUUAGGCAAAAGAGACCAGCUUUUCCGACUUUGAAAAUGGUUACAAGUUGCAUGUUUCAGAAACCAGUUCAUACCGAUAUUGAGGUACUUGCAGAGACAAUGUUUGAGAAACUUGCCCCUUUACCAUCUUCGGUACCAUGA